CUAUUAAAGUCAUAGAUGCACUCUCCACUUUUACUUACUUCCACACUGUCCAAUAUAACUCUUUCUUGUAACUAAAGCCAAACGCGAUAUUCUCAACGCUUCAUUGAAUUGAUUCGAUAUUAUCCCAAUUUCACAAACCCCAACCCUCGCUUUCUCUGUCAUCCAAUUCACACCGCCAUGGAUCCCAACCCCGGAACCUUCCCUCUCCUCUCCUACAUCAUGUCGCGCCUCCCUUCCCUCACUCCCAGACCCGCCGCCCCGGCACCCUCCGAUUCCGACCAAUUCGACAUCGAACAGCCACCGGAGAUUGUGGGCCAAAUGCCGCACCUGGCGGACCCGGAGCUGGUGGCCUCUAUGGGCCGGGCCGUGGCACAGGUGACGCAGGCCCGCUCGGUCCUCACCCUCAUCGGGGAGCGACCCACGCACGAGGAGGUCGACAAUGCCCGGGCAAAGUUGGCCGACGUCGAGGCCCAGCUCUCCCGAGAACUGGAAGAGAUCGUGCUGCAGGCCCGGCCCGCGGAGAUCGAGAUCCAGGGGUGGCGGGCCCAGCAGGCCGAGAGGGAGAGGGAGUGCAGGGAGCGGGCCGAGACGGAGAGGCGGGUGUGGAGAUCGGUGCUGCAGCUGGACGAGAUGCACGAGGCUUACGAGAAGCUUCUGAAGGACGCGGAGAAGCGGUUGGUGAAGAUGUACGAGUCCAAAGAAGACGGCGGCGGCGGCGAUGCCGACCUGGCUUAUGGCGAGGAAGUCAACGAAGAGGUUGUGGGGAUUCUGCAGGAGGCUUACGGCAAAGGAAUGGAAAGAAUUGAUCUUUCUGGACGCCAGUUGAAGCUCUUGCCUGAGGCUUUUGGUCGCAUUUCUGGCUUGCUCGUUUUUGAUCUUUCAACCAAUCAACUCUCGGCAAUUCCUGAUUCAAUAGCUGGAUUGCAAAACCUUGAGGAGCUUAAUCUGUCUUCAAAUCUUUUGGAAUCAUUGCCAGAUUCAAUUGGGUUGUUACAAAAGUUGAAAUUGCUCAAUGUCUCUGGAAACAAGCUGACUGCGCUUCCUGAUUCCAUCUGUCAGUGCAGGUCAUUGGUGGAGUUGGAUGUAAGCUUUAACAAUCUCUCAUAUUUGCCAACAAACAUUGGAUAUGAAUUACCGAACUUGCAGAAACUCAUGAUUCAUUUGAACAAGAUUCGAUCUUUUCCCUCAUCUAUCUGUGAGUUGAAGUCCUUGCACUAUUUGGAUGCUCACUUUAAUGAGCUACAUGGGCUUCCAAUUGCAAUUGGGAGACUGACUAAUCUUGAAGUUCUCAACCUGAGCAGCAACUUCAGUGACCUCAAAGAACUUCCUGAGACAUUUGGUGAUUUGGCUAACCUCAGGGAAUUGGAUCUCAGCAAUAAUCAGAUUCAUGCUCUUCCAGACACAUUUGGUCGCCUUGAUAAUUUAAUCAAGCUCAACUUGGAGCAAAAUCCUCUUGAAUUGCCACCAAUGGAGAUUGUAAAUCAAGGGCUUGAAGCCAUAAAGACUUUUAUGGCCAAGAGGUGGCUUGAUAUAUUGUUGGAGGAAGAAAGGAAAAGCAACCAAGAAAUGCAAGAACCAGAACAGGGUGGUUGGUUAACACGAAGCACCUUCUGGUUGAAGAAUGUUUCUGGAAAUGUAAUCGGGUAUAUUGGAACUACCGUUGGAUCUCCCAUGUCACCCAAAUCUCCCAGAGAUGCAUAUCUUGAUCAGCAGCUAUGAGGUGAAGGUCCAACACAUUGGGACUGUCAUACUUGUAAUUUAGAGGAAUAAUGUAGAUACUAUGUGCUGCUAAGCAACAAUUCUCUGCCACUCUCUCUUUUGGUUCUCUGCCCCACCCGAAAUAGCGUGGGUUGCUUUGCUUACAGAUAUUUUUGUUUUGCUUAGGUUAUAUCUGGAUGAGAAAUGCCAGUAAAAUACACUUUCUUCCCCCACACAUUUUUGUAUUCGGUGAAACUCACGUAGAUUUUACUAAAUAUCUGAGUAUUAUAUGAAUUUCAAUUAAUAGAAGAGAGUAUUAUGUACACAAAAA